AUUUAUUUUAGUUUAGAAAUUAGUCAGACUCGUAAAGAGAAAAGGUGCGCGGACGUGCUUUUCGCGUCAUUUAAUCGGGGCCAAGCUUUUAAGUACUUGCUUAUCAGAGGUCAAGAACUGAAAGAAUGACCCGUGGAAAUCAGCGAGAGUUAGCACGAGCCAAAAAUAUGAAAAAAACUGUUAGAAAAUCUGCAGCUGAACAGGAAAGCAAUAAGGGUCUUUCAUUAGAACAACGAAAAGCACGAGACGCAGAACGAAUGAGAGAAAAACAACUGAAGAAACAGCAAGAGCAGCAAGAAAAAGUCAAGCAAGCUACAAGAUAAUUUCUUCUGUUAUAAGAUGUAAAUUGUUCGACUGAAUUCAAGAAUAAAAUUUUAAGUAUGGUUUCAAAUUCUUGAUUAUGAAGUAUCAAGGCUAUGCUUAAUGUGAGUGCAUAAAGAAUUUAUAGUGUUUUUAAUUAUAGAAAAUAUCUUCAGACUGUAUAUGCAGUAUAUAUUACAAAACUAGGUUCAAGUAAUCAUGUUACUUAGUUUUGCAAAAUAGUUAGUGUGUAUAAAAAUAUUGUUAUCUAUACUAUAAUGGUUAAAGAAAAUGCGCAUUUGACUUGUUCAUCUAGGUAUAAGGACAUUAAUUAACUAUAAGAGUAAUUAUAGUACUAAUUUUUAAGUUGUAAAUUCAGAUUUUCAGUUAUUUAAUAUGACAUAUAAGUGAUUCAUAAAUUACAUACUAUGUAAAGAAAAUAUAUACAUUUGUGUUUGGCUCAUAAUAAAUUGUUUAAUUUUAAAAUAAA